UGUCAAAAAGAAACAUCAAAAAUUUUUGUUUGUCUCGCGACGCCGUGACUCGUGUGAGUGAAGACAAAAAGACAAUAAUAUCAUUGUUAUUGCAAGGAUCUUUUGUCCAGUUUAGAUCGUUGUUCAGAACUUGGUACCUAAUAUUACUUUACAAUGGCUAACGAUCCUGAAAGAUUCGAUUCGAUGCUGCUAGCAAUGGCUCAACAGCACGAAGGUGGCGUAAAGGAUUUGCUGAGCACAAUAGUCAGUUUUCUUGCAAGGAAAACAGAUUUCUUUACUGGUGGGAAGGGAGGAGAAUGGGAGCAAGUUGUAAAAGAUACAUUUUACGCUCAUGCCAAGAAAGCAAAGGAAGAGGCAGAUAAAAUAAAAAGAGAGAAAGAGGAAGCAGACAGAAGGUUGAAGGACAUUCAGCAAAAGAAAGAACAAGAAAGAAUGGCUCAGGACUUUGAACCUGCAUCUGUAACUGAAAUAACAGACCAGGAGGCUGCUAAAAUACAAGAGGACAUUGACAAAGAAAAGAAAAACAAAACAGAAAUUGGUAGUGGUGAUGGAACCCCUUCGGAGUCAGAACCAGCAGAGCCAGAGGAGGAAGAUGAAAAAGAAAAAGGCAAGCUCAAGCCUAAUUCUGGCAACGGCUGUGACCUUGAAAACUACAGAUGGACCCAGACUUUGGAAGAAGUUGAGCUCCGAGUACCUCUUCGCCAAGUUCUGAGGCCACGUGACUUAACAGUGAUCAUCAACAAGAAGCAUCUCAAAGUCGGCAUUAAAGGCCAGCCGCUUAUCAUCGACGGCGAACUGGAUGCCGAAGUCAAGAUUGAGGAGUCCACGUGGGUGUUGCAAGAUGGUCGCAAUUUGCUUAUCAACUUAGAGAAGGUCAAUAAAAUGAAUUGGUGGGGCAGGCUAGUGAGUACCGACCCGGAAAUAUCCACGAGGAAGAUCAACCCAGAACCAUCGAAACUGUCCGACUUGGACGGAGAAACUCGCGGCCUAGUUGAAAAAAUGAUGUACGAUCAAAGACAAAAGGAAAUGGGUCUCCCCACCAGUGAUGAACAAAAGAAACAAGAUGUGCUUAAAAAGUUUAUGGAACAGCACCCAGAAAUGGACUUCUCAAAGUGCAAAUUCAACUAAACACGAAUAGAUAAUCUCAAUAUUCGCGGUCAUGAUGUCAAGUUUAUUUUACAGCAAAAUAUUUUAAUUUUACAUAUCUCUUCCAAUUCUGUUGUGAUGUAGAUGAUGUAUUUAAACGUCAACUCAAAACUUGCGGUUGCUGCACGUAUGAUUUUAUAUUAUUAAGAGUGCGUAAAUGGUGCACAGUAAGAGAUGCUCUAAGUAACCAGACUGGUGAACCAUACAUACUCUGCCAUGCUACUUUAUUGUUGUAAUUGGCAACACAUUUACCGCGCGGUCCGGCUGCUUAGGGCAUUAUCUGUUGUAUAAGCAAACUGUAACACGAUAACCUAUUGUUUCUUGUGGAAUAAACAACAAUUAUUUUC